CUCGUUCUUGUCUUUUGCAGGUGAUGCACUGAAACUGCUGAUGCAGAAAAUGCACAACAAGUUCACCUACUCCGACUUGUAUCGCUAUCACUUCCUGCACAGCGCAGACCUGAUGGUUAACAGCAGCAACAGCAACAACGGCCUCAACGGCACCUCCUCGUUAGGGGUCACCUCUGAUGGACCGCUAGGGGAUAGACAUUCAGAUGCUAAUACAGCCGAUGCAAUGGCGGCAACUGCUGCUGCCACUGCUGCCGCUGCUGCUGCCGCAACGGCAGCAGCGGCCGCAGCAGCAAAUAAUCACGUCCCGACUUCGAUGGAUCUCUCCUAUGGGCAGCAUUUCUGGAAUUCCACCCAACUGUGCCAUUUUCUUGGAUCGAAAUAUAAUAGUAAACCUCUUCUUGGAGACGCCGACCGGUUAUUCCGAGAGGGACUCGGUGUUAUUGGAGGGAUUGGUAGUCUUGGCAACGCAUUGGGUAUCACUGCAGCUUCGCCCACUAGAGGUCGCUGCUUCAGUUCCCAUGCGGUCAGUCAGUUGGCUGCCAGAGCCGUGGGAUUGUCGACCGGCGCCGGUUUGUCAUCAGGCGUCACUGGUGUUAGUGGUUCGGCGUCGGUAGGUGGAGGUGACGGUGCUACCACCCUCGGUCUCAUCGGAGCGAUGUCGGCCGCUGCUAGCCGAGUCCCCGGUGGCGGCGAGGCGGCACACCUGAUCCGUGUCGCCGACGCGCACAUAGGUGGAGCCAGUGUUGUGCUCAGCGGAGACGAAGGACCGUUCGAGUGUGUCAAGUGCUUGAAACGUUUCACAACCCCACACGGCCUCGAGGUGCACGUGCGCCGCUCUCACAGCGGCAAGCGGCCUUACGCCUGUGAUGUGUGUAGCAAAACUUUUGGCCACUCCGUGUCUCUAUCGCAACACCGGACCGUGCACACCCAAGAGAAAACAUUUCGAUGUCAGCAGUGCGGCAAGUGUUUUAAACGGUCCUCAACACUCAGUACUCAUCUGCUCAUACACAGUGAUACACGACCCUACCCCUGCCCCUAUUGUGGGAAGCGCUUCCACCAGAAAUCCGACAUGAAGAAACACACAUAUAUACACACAGGUAAGUAAUCAAAACGCUAACAGCAAUGU